GACUCCGACGGAGAAGCACCUCUGAGGUGAACCCGAGAGACUGCAGCCUCAUUGCUGGUAUCAACUCAAAGAGCACACUCAAAGAUCUCUUUCGGAAGACAGAAGUCUGUAUCUCAAGAAUGCGACGAACAAGACACGUGGUGUUGCCAGUUCGUUCCUGGGAGCACGUGGGACUCUUGAUAGUCUCGUUAGCGUGCCUAACUCUGGGACUUGUGUCUCGAGACAGGGAAGGCCAGGCAGGAAGUCUCGCUGGACCCGAUCUACAGCACUGCGCUCCGCAUAAGGUGGAUGCAUGCCCAAACGAAACUUCACUUGCCCGGACGGCUUUCAACGACGACUCGGCGAAACCCUCUUCAGGACUAACGAACCCCACUGAACAACCGAUCGAAUAUCAAACCACCGUUUCUAUAAGCCGGGAUAAUCGCGAUUCCAGAUCCACCCGCCGGAUUUCGCGACUCGACGUUUCUCGAUCCGCCAAAGGAAGAGACGCCCGUCUUUUAGAAGAACGAGACGGUCGUUGGGCCCGUCAAUCGCGGGAUUCUCGAUCUGUGAACCGAGAUUCCCGAGUCAGGAAUGUCCAGGCAUCACCUGACCGCCGGAAUACUCUGCAUCUCUCUGUAGAACGCCGAAGCGAAGACCAAACCCGACGGAUCCGAGUAGCUCGAUCCCUUGACCGCGAUUUCGUUAGUCGAAAUUCACGAUUCGCGAGCGAACGUAGGAACGCGAACUUCCAGCGAUCUUCAGAACGCGGAAACGAUAGACUGGCUCGAUCGGUUCGACAAUCUGCACCUCUUUCGGGGAGGACUGAACGCGAAGACGGCCGUCUGAUCCGGGAAUCUCGAAACGCUCGACUCGAAGAACGUAAUUCGGUAUCCAGGAACGCGGAAAGCUUGAGCAGAUCGCGACGCGAUGUUCGCUCCCUAAAACGCGAUUUCUCGAGCGAAAAAUCGAGGCUGCAAACAACCGAGUAUCGCGCCGAACGGCAAAACCGGCUCGUACGCGAAUCGCGAAAUUUGGAACGCGAUUCUGCGGCUAGAACCUCGCGAAUAGCUUUCGACCGAUCAAGCCAACGUGUCCACGACACCCGAUCUCUAGACCGCGCAGAUCCGAUAACGAGAACCGAUCGAUCAUCCGCAGUUCGGAAUUCGGACGCUCGGCUAUCGGUGCGAGAAGCAGAAACUCGUGAUUUUCGAGCCAGGAUUUCACGGUCAACCUCAGAACGCCGGGAAGACCGACUCACUCGUCGUGUCCGAGAAGCUCGCUUGUACGAAAACAAUCGUGCAAUCAGAUCCUCGCGCCACCAUGACGAACGCCGAGAAACUCGCGAUUUCCGGUCUCUCGAACGCGAUUCCGCAGCCAGAAUCACAGGUUCCACCCUCGAACGCGUCGAUCGCAGAUCAAACCGCCAGGUCCGAGCCACUCGCUUCCUUGAACGCGAGUCCCGAGUCAGAAAUGCCGAUUUGACCCGCGAUCGCAGAACAGAUAUUCGCGCUGCAGAAGGUAGAGUCGAAUCGCGGAACCAAAAGCUCGACGAGGUUCGUCGUCAGCUGGAACGCGAAUCUGCGAGGAGGAGUCUUCAUGACUCUGCAACGGAUCUUCGAGUAAUCCGUCGCACCCGAGAUGAGAGGAUGGUCGAAAGGGUGCGAAGUCUGCGAUCGACCGAGCGAACUCCUCGGACGACUUCCGUUCGGCGAACCGGAAACGAUGGAAAAGAAUUUUUAUCAAGGGAUGCUAAGACUGCGGUGAAUGAUGAGGCGUUGAUCGUAGCGCGACGAGCCCUCGAUCGAUCGGUUUCCGGAAGACGAGGUCAGCCCCAAGUUAAGGGUGAAAAAUCGGGUGCCGAUCGUCGGCGGGAACGCAUCGCGAGGGAAACGAGGGCUUCCGGAUUAUCUCGAGCCGAGGAAAAUCGAAACGUUCGCACUCGUCGAGCGGUUGUUUUACCCCAAACACCCGUGAUCGAACACCAGGAUAACCGUGACGAUAGACGCGGCAAAAUGGCAAAUCGAGAUGAACGAUUCGUGUCUGCGAAUAUUUUUAACAAACAGAUUUCACCCUCGACAACGUACGAAGGACUCAGGCAAACCGUUAUCCUAGUCCUUUGCGCGCUUUACGGAGCUUCUCUGUACAGCAGGAAGGGUUCACUCGCGAGGAAUAUUAUAACGCACGCGAAUCGCUUCCUGAUUUGGUAAAACAGUUCGACUCUCCCACUGAUCCAAGGCCGAUGAAAAUCUUCGAUAUUUAAAUGAAAAAUUGUAGUUUGCUAGUUUCCCUAGACAAGUUUAAAUGUAGUAUUGUGUUAUUAUAGCUUUAGACGUUAUAAUUUAUGAUAGACAGAAAAAUUAUAGAUAGAGAUCAUAGAUAUAUGUAUAUUAAUGUGUACAUGAGAAAUGUCACUCAUAAUUUAUUGUUAAUUCAACUUGAAGAAAUUUAUGUAAAAUUAUAAUAUACAUAUAUAUACUACUAUAUUUUGUGCGAUUGAAGGAUAUCUGAAAUACAUAAAUUUCACUCUAAUAACGGAAUCUUUUUUUUAUUACAACUUAAAUAAUAGUUGAAGAUAAAUUAAUUUGUACAUUACUUCAUCUUAAAAAUAGUAGAAAAUAAAUAUUUAUGCGACAUAAUUAAUACACGUUGAGAUUAUGCCGCAUAUACUACAAAUAUCAAUGUCAGAUAUAUUUUUCGGAGAUCAAAUUUGUGCUUAAACAUAUUACAGACUCUACGCUUAUGUCAUCGCUGCUGCAAAUAUAUUCAAUUAUUAUUAUCACUAUC